AUGUCUUCAUUUGAGGAUCCAGAACGUGUCUAUGGGGAGUCCGAGGACAGCGAACAAGCUGCCCGUGUGGCGCCAGACAAUUUGUCACUUGGUCCACUCCUCGGACAUAUGCUUGUUAUGAAGGUCCCUGGAAGGCUGAGCGAGUUCGAUAGACAUGACGAUGUCAGGAUGGCAUUCGAGAAUUUCAAGCGAGUUGUAUCGCCGGACGACUUCAACGAGCUUACCGGUGCCACUUGGGAUGGGUUUUCAACUGAUCCCCUCACCACUCAGGAUGCUACUAUCGCCCAUGAGAAUCUUGAGUCUAUAUUUGCCAGUUUGGGAAAUUAUUCAAAAAUCGUUGCCUCAGUUUGCCGCGACAGACGAUAUCCUCCCCUAGUCUCGGCUCCGGCCCAGUUGUUCCUAAAGUUAAGGUAUCCCGGAGUGUAUAAGGAAAUUGUCGAGGUCUACAAUCGAGCUACCAAGAUAAUAGAUAUUUCCGUGGAUGAUCAGCUCAUACAUAUAAAUCACAGUGGCUUGAUAGAGUCGCUGGCUAUGAUAUACGCAGACAUCAUCAAGUUGCAUAGUCAAGUAUACGAAGUUGUGCGGGGGGGCAACUGGCAAUAUCGAUUUUCACAGGCAUGGGUCUACGGCCAGCCACACUUUGAGGGCAUCAUCAAUGAUCUAAAAGCACACCGAAACACAUUCGACGACGGGAUCUAUACUAACGAGGGAAAGUAUUACGAGGAUUUGUUUCUUGAAGGGAUAGGCAUGUGUAAAAAACCGGGGGAAAUCCCCCACGACGCUUCUGUUUGGCUCGACGCGAACGAAUCCGAACAGUCUGAAGUCUUUGACUCUAUCGUUUCUGGAGCAUCCAAGCCCUUUUUUUCACAUCAUUGGCUGCUACAGCACCCUAUAGUCGAACAAUGGCUCACUCCAAGCACCUCUCCGGCCUUUUUGGUCCUGGAAGGGCAUCCUGGAAGCGGGAAGACUGUCUUUGCCACUCAGCUUGUGGCCAUUCUGAGAGCACUCCACAAAGAGUCGCUCGUUCUCUAUCAUUUCUGCUCUGACGCGCUCCCAUGUUCGACAAAAUACUCUGAGAUUGUCAAAUCCCUCAUCUUGCAGAUUUAUCAAUCGUACCCGGUAUUAGCCCAAGCCUUUGAUAUUUUUGAUACUGACAGAACGGGUGCGUCCACCAGAGAAGACGAACUUGAGAAUCGCCUCCGCACAAUAAUCGCCUCUCGUUUAUUUGGACCGAAAACCCCCUUCUGUGUCAUUUUAGACGGGGUAGAUGAGUGUGAUUGCCACACGCAACUUCAGCUAAUAAAGCUGUUGCGUGAAAUAGGUUCUCACUCCUUCAAGGUGUUCGUAUCGGGUCGAGUACUUUCGCCUCAGGCCAUGAAGGAGAUUAAAAAUCAUCGCGUGAAUAUGAAUGCGAAGGUGGUAUCUCUUAUAGAUGAGAAAACUAGAAUAGAAUGCUCUAUUCGGUGCUAUGCAGUGCAGAGGCUGGAGGCUCUUCGGCAGGACAAUUUGGAAAUAGGGGUCAAAAGCUCCGAUAUCCAGAACAUGGCGCUUUGCAUUGCGAAGAAAGCAGAUGGAAUGUUUCUCUGGGCUCGAAUCGUGCUGGAUCAACUGGUAGCCAACAAGUCGCUGUUGGAACGUGACAAGGUUCAGGCAAUAAUCGAUUCUACGCCUCAAGAAAUUAUGACAUACCUGGAACAGAAAUUCGAAGGCGAACGGAGCUUCAUGAGAAUGAAGGGUGAGACACUCGGCCCAACAGCAAAGCUAGCCAUUGGCUGGAUCGUCAACUCAAAAGAGCCUCUAACAGUUGACGAGUUGGUUGAUGCGAUACACAUGAGUAGUGAUCUAGGAGCGCUCGAACCAAGUGAGAUUGAAAAUUUUGGGCGCGAAAUGGUGAGCUAUAUCCAUUACAUGGUUCAUGACAAGCCCUCUGGAGCCAUUCGUAUACCCCUCCGAGGUGUGCGCCUGUAUCUUCAGCACAAGGUUGCCACGGAUUGGGUCUCGGAUAUCGACGCUAUUAUUGGGAGGACUUGCAUUGCUUACUUGUCGCGAAGUGUCUUCAAAACAGGCCCAUGCUUGUCAAUCGAAGACUUUGAAGCUCGACUUAAAUCAUACCCUCUCUAUGCCUACGCCGCUAAACAUUGGGGACAUCAUGCAUCUAAAGCGACGGACUCCGAUCUUCAACGGAUUGUCGACUUUCUGGAUCAGGACGUUUUAGUGCGUAGCGCUUACCAAGCUAUGCAAGGAGACAAAUGGAGAUAUUCGCAGGAAUUAGAAACAAGGGUGAUUGUCUUGCGCCUGGUUGUUUUUUUCGGGUUGGGAGUACGCGCUAUGCUCAAGUCUGAGUAUAGUGCAUGGGAUAAACCCCCCUUGCACGAGGCUGUGAUACUGGGCGAUGAAGUAUUGAUUGCUGAUCUUCUGAAGAAAGGUGCUAGUAUCGACGGUAAGGACAGCGAUGGUGAAACGGCAUUGAACCUUGCGUUUCGGAUGGGACAGGCUGGUGUUGCCAACUUGCUGAUAGAGCAUUCAGCAAGCACGGCUGGUAUCACUGCAACCGGCCUCCGAGCAAUGUUUAAGGAGAAUAACUCGGACAUUCUUUACUUGGCACAACCACGAGCCGGCAAGAGCUCGUUGCGAUUUCUCUCGGAUUCAGACACAGCCAAGAUCGACCUAAUCGUCGGUUCAACAAACCAGAACGCAAAACAGAGGCAUCUGUUCGUGUUCAAUGAGGAAUCGGCAAACUUUUGGGAAACUGGCUGGUUUCCAAAGUUCCAUGUUGAAAAUGAGCAAAAUGAACUGAUUUUCACUGAAGAGCUUCCCCAUGCAACCUCUGGAAUUGAGAAUGUCUAUAGAUAUUGUGCCUCAUUUCGGUUCCCUGUCGGGGACAACACUGAAGGUAUUCUCAACGAUAUGUUUGGUAAAAAUCCCGGAAAUGCGCGAAUAGGGGUGUCGUGGACAAUGGCCCGGCCCCAAAACACGACCUCAAGACUCCGCUUAGAGCCAAUUGCCUACUUUAGCAAUAUGCCUCAAGUUUUCAUCCCGGAUCAACAGCUGAGGCUUAUAAUACAGCUGAUUGAAUCCUUGAAGACCAGGUGGUUGGAAGUGUGCCAAGAGGGCCAAGAUCGGCUACAGGGAUGGCGUGAGGAGAUAAUGAGCAAAUCUGGCAACGAUCUGAAUCUGUUGGAACGCUUGAUGUUUGACGGACAGAAGUGGGCGGCGAUGCGGCGACUGUUGCAACAACACGCCAAUACAACAAUUUCGUUCGGCGAGAGAUAUCACCGCCACUACUCCCAAUUCGAUGCCAUGGGCGAACUCGAAAAGACAGUCCAAGACUUACAAGACAGCAUCGGGAAGCAAUUAGAUUCUCUGGAUUCGACAUAUGAAAUCUUCAUUGAAAUGGAGUCCAACCUGAUCUCCCUCAGGCAGGCUGAGCUAUCCAACUCGAUGGCUGAGCUAUCCAACUCAAUGGCUGAGCGAUCCAUCUCGAUGGCUCGAAGCAUGAAGCGUUUAAGCUGGAUAACGGUGGGUUUUGGCACGGGCCCGUAA